GCACACCAGUAACAACAUUAGUGUGGCCAGUGAGAGCUGUUCCGAGGAUUGGAGCUUCAGCGGUAACGUGUUAGAUGCCUCCACUCACACUAACCUUGGUGCUUCAAGCAAGUAUGGGGUCGCCCUCAAGAAGAGGCGCACUCAGAUCCCAGACAAGCCCAACUACAGCCUUAAUCUCUGGAGCAUCAUGAAGAAUUGCAUCGGUAAAGAACUGUCCAAGAUACCCAUGCCUGUCAACUUCAACGAACCCCUCUCGAUGCUGCAGAGGCUGACGGAGGACCUGGAGUACCACGAUUUGCUGGACAGAGCGGUCAAGUGCGAGAACGCCAUCGAGCAGAUGUGCUUCGUGGCCGCCUUUUCCGUGUCUUCCUACUCGACCACGGUCCAGCGGACCGCCAAGCCCUUCAACCCGCUCCUGGGCGAGACCUUCGAACUGGACCGCCUGGAAGAGCUCGGCUUCCGCUCGCUCUGUGAGCAGGUGAGCCAUCACCCCCCAGCAGCAGCUCAUCAUGUGUACUCCAGGAAAGGCUGGACACUGUGGCAGGAGAUCACCAUUGCCAGCAAGUUCCGUGGCAAAUACCUUUCCAUCUUGCCACUGGGCACCAUCCAUCUCGAAUUCCACUCCAGCGGCAAUCACUACAUCUGGCAAAAAGUCACGUCCACGGUCCACAAUAUUAUUGUGGGGAAACUCUGGAUCGACCAGUCUGGUGACAUCGAAAUUCUCAACCACAAAUCAAAAGACAAAUGCCACCUGAAAUUCACACCCUACAGUUACUUCUCCAGAGACAUCCCUCGGAAGGUGACGGGAGUGGUGAUGGACGCGGAUGGCAACGAGCGAUACGUCAUGUCUGGCACGUGGGAUGAGAAGAUGGAGUGUUCCAAGGUCAUAGAAGCCAGCCAGGCAAACUCCAUUUCGGAAGGCAAGCUUCCGAAAACAGUCUACCAGACCUUAUCCCCCAAGGUCCUAUGGAAGAAAUACCCCCUUCCAGAGAACGCCGAAAACAUGUACUACUUCUCCAAACUGGCGCUGACCCUCAACGAGCCGGAAGAUGACGUCGCUCCCACGGACAGCCGCAUGAGACCUGACCAGAGGCUGAUGGAGAAUGGGAAAUGGGACGAGGCCAACGUGGAGAAGCAGCGGCUGGAAGAAAAGCAACGGGCCGUGCGGCGGCACCGGGAAGUCGAGGCAGCUGACGCCCUGGCAGAAGGCAAGGAUUACAAAGGCUACACCCCGCUGUGGUUUGAGAGGAAGGUGGACCCGCUGACGGGGGAGCUGAUGUGCGUGUACAAGGGCGGCUACUGGGAGAGCAAAGAGAAGCAGGACUGGAGCCAGUGUCCCAGUAUCUUCUGAGCUGGGCUCGUGGGUGCCGGGCGAAGCCUCCACAUCAGCGGUGGGACAGAAGGGCCGGGUCGCUGAAGCGCCUUUUGGGGUAGCCCCCCCCCCUCUGCCUCCCCCUCCCCAGCCGCAUGUCGGAGAAAAAACGCGCAGAGAUUCAAAUAAAUCCCGAAUUCAAAAACAAACAAAACAAAAAGCAAAGAAAAAAA